CCGCAGGCAUCGCGGCGGACAGCCCUGCGCUCUGCGCGCCGAGGACCCGGGAGGACCCCAGCGACGGAGGCAGCACAAGGCCCGGCGACGCGGCGGCUUUGGUGGAAGCGGCCCCUGGACUGAUAGCGCGCUGGUCUGUGGAGCCCUCUCAGCCCGCCGCCCUCGCCCUCGCCCUCGCCCUCGCCGCUGGCUGAUCCCGGUGCAGCCGGCGCCAUGUCUGUGAGCGAGAUCUUCGUGGAGCUGCAGGGCUUUCUGGCUGCCGAGCAGGACAUCCGGGAGGAAAUCCGAAAAGUAGUGCAGAGUUUAGAACAAACAGCUCGGGAGAUUUUAACUCUACUGCAAGGGGUCCAUCAGGGUUCUGGGUUUCAGGACAUUCCAAAGAGGUGUUUGAAAGCUCGAGAACAUUUUGGUACUGUGAAAACACAUCUAAUGUCUUUGAAGACCAAGUUCCCUGCUGAACAGUAUUACAGAUUUCACGAGCACUGGCGGUUUGUGCUGCAGCGGCUGGUCUUCUUGGCAGCCUUCGUUGUGUACUUGGAGUCAGAAACACUAGUGACUCGAGAAGCAGUGACAGAGAUUCUUGGCAUUGAGCCAGAUCGGGAGAAAGGAUUUCAUCUGGAUGUAGAAGAUUAUCUCUCAGGAGUUCUAAUUCUUGCUAGUGAACUGUCUCUCUUUCCUUGUACAGUCGAGGCUCUCUGUCAACAGUGUGACUGCUGGAGACUACUCCCGGCCCCUGCACAUCUCCACCUUCAUCAACGAGCUGGAUUCCGGGUUCCGCCUCCUCAACCUGAAAAACGACUCCCUGAGGAAGCGCUACGACGGCCUGAAGUACGAUGUGAAGAAAGUGGAGGAGGUGGUCUAUGACCUCUCCAUCCGAGGCUUCAACAAGGAGACGGCAGCAGCCUGUGGGGAGAAGUAGGAGACUCUGCAGGCCUGGCCUUGCUGACCUCGGUGGCUGCCAGUGAGCCUGAGCGCAGGGCCGCUCACGGUAGUUACGGUGCCCUGUUGCUAAGCACCGCGCUUUAUUUUCUUAGCCAGUGUGUGGUGUGUGUAUCAGAAUUGGAACACUUGUUUGGGGUUAAAGAUCAGCCUUUACAAGACAGGUUUUUUGUUGUUGUUGUUUUAGUGAAUUUGCUCUGUAAUUUAGUUCUGUCAAAAGCGCAAAUGUCAGUCUCUUGGUAAAGUUUACUUCCUGCUUA